AUGAUGAUGAUGGCCGCUCAUAUUCUCCCCGCGCAGGUUUCCUCGCGAUCUAGCUCCGUCAGCCAAGAACAGUCCCUCGAUCUAGUCGCUCCGUUAUCGCUCUCCAGCCUUAUCCGCACUCGAUCAGCUCGACGUCGAACGGUCUGUCUCAGUGCGACCGUUGAAGAACAAUUCCCUAAACAACAUCCCUCCUUCAGCCGUCGUGGUUCGAUCCUCAGAAAGCUGGCGGGUCCACGAGAAAACGCGAAGCGAUUCCUUCGCCUACGCUCCGCCGGAGUCAACUCGCCCGCGCCGCCCCCGCAACAGCGCCUCAAUCCCCGCUGUAGCGGCGCCCGCCCCGUUUCCGAAAUCAUCGUCUCCUCAAGCCGCACCAGAGAACCUCCACGGUCCUUAGAAGAAGGCGAUAUGCGCUCGGAUUCUUCAUCAAUGGCGACCGACGUUUUGGCCCGGGCGCUGCCGGAACAUAUCACCGCUGUCCCCGAGCUGUCCACACCGUUUCCCCCGCUUCGCAAUGAGAAGAUUGUCGCAACGGGGAGUGGUCUCACGGUGGGAAUUGCCUUGACUGAGCCAGUGCUUUUCCUACAAGGUUACGACCAUCAUGAUCCCAGUACAAAGAAGUCGGCCAUUCUACGAGGCCAAAUACAUUUGAAAGUGACAAAGUGUGUCAAGAUCAAGAAGAUUUCCAUUUGUUUUCGUGGCCAUGCACAGACGGACUGGCCAGAUGGUAUCCCUCCUAAGAAGAUUCAUUUCCACGAUAAAAAAGACUUGUUCACCCAUGGCGUCGUCUACUUCAACCACGGCGAUACCGCACUGAUGCAAAAUGACUACGGCGCGCAUUACUACCAACACGCCAAACCUACGUCCCCCGUACCAGGAAAGGAGGGAGUCACCGCGACAACCCGAGAACUAUUCUCCAAAUCCGGCUCGAAUACGUCUCUCGGUCUGAUGACCGCAAAAGAUGCCAAACGCCUCUCAGUACAAAGCACCCGGGGCCACUCGCGAAGUUUCAGCAGGAAUGAGCCACCAGUCAGCACUCCGAACCAGCCACAACGCAACUACCGCAUGUUCCCCGUCGGCGACUAUCUCUACAGCUUCGAGUUCCCCAUCGACGGCUCGCUCCCAGAGACCAUCAAGACGGAUCUAGGCUUUGUCCGAUAUGAUCUGGAGGCAAUCGUUGAGCGCUCGGGCGCAUUCCGACCGAAUCUUCUGGGUACCCUCGAGAUCCCCGUGAUCCGCACACCCGCCGAAGGCUCGCUGGAGCAGGUUGAGCCUAUUGCCAUCUCGCGGAAUUGGGAGGACCAGCUUCACUAUGAUAUUGUGAUAUCCGGCAAAUCAUUCCCGCUGGGCUCACAGAUUCCCAUUGCGUUCAAAUUGACGCCACUCGCAAAGGUCGAGUGUCACCGUAUCAAGGUGUAUGUGACGGAGAAUAUCCAGCAUUGGACCGCCGACAAAAGUGUGCACCGAUUGCAACCGGCGAAGAAGGUGCUACUCUUUGAGAAGCGUGCCGAAUCGGCCAGUACGAGUACUUACCCUGGUAGUUCCAUGCGCAUCACCGCAGGUGGUGGCAUUGACUGGGAUCAUCGUGCGGCUGCUGCGCGAGGAGAAGAGAUUGUGGAUCGUGCUCGCACGAAUUUGCUGGGCAACUUGAAUACUGAUUCUGGCGUCGGUCCCACGGAGAUGGAGUUCAAUGUACAGUUGCCGAGUUGUCAUGAAAUGAGGGGACGCGAUGAGGCACAACGGUUGCAUUUUGAUACGACGUACGAGAAUAUCCAGAUCAACCAUUGGAUCAAGAUCGUCCUCCGUCUCUCCAAGGUCGACGAGCGCGACCCAUCCAAGCGCAGACACUUCGAAAUCUCCAUCGACUCCCCGUUCCACAUCCUCUCCUGCAAAGCCACACAAGCAAACAUCUACCUCCCAGCCUACAGUCGCCCCACCACCGAACCAGAUCCACCAGCCCAAGAAUUCGAAUGCGGAUGCCCCGGCGCCCCGCCAGCAUCACGAGAAUACACCCUGGGCCAGUCCAGCCCCGACCGCGAAGACUCCGCCUCAACCCUCCACCGACCAAACUCCAUAACCCCUGUCUCUCGCAGCUUCACAAAUGGCUCGGGCGGUCUUGCCCGCCCGCCACAAGCGCAUAUCGCCCACGAACCGAGUGUCGAGCGCGAAGUCCCUCGCCCAAUGCAUCUUGUUCGCGCUCCGUCCUUUGCACCCCCGGCCUUCGAGGACGUGCCUCCGCCUCCGCCGCUCAUGACCCCGCCACCGGAGUAUAUGAGUAUCGUGGGUAAUAAUGACCGCGAGGCCGUGUUGGAGGAUUACUUCUCCCGACUAUCGUUUUACGAAGAGCAGGAUGAUGAGCGCGGUCUUGGCCGUGUUGAUGUUCCUCUGACGCCGGGAGGACGGAUAAAUCGCAGCAUGGAUGUGCCGCGGGAGUGGGUGCGUAUCGAGGACUUUACUGCAUCUUGA